AUGCCAGAAACCCCUGCGACUUUCAAACCCGCAUUGAUCCUCCACGGAGGUGCGGGUAAUCUCAAACGUGCCACUCUUCCGCCGGAACUUUACGCCGCCUAUCACGCCUCACUACAGUCUUAUCUCCGCUCUACCAAUACGCUCCUCGCCCAGGGCGCCUCGGCCCUCGACGCCGCAGUACAUGCUGUAUCCCUCAUGGAAGAUGACGAGCUCUUUAAUUGCGGACGGGGCAGCGUUUUCACGACAGAUGGUACAAUCGAGAUGGAGGCCUCUGUGAUGGUGACAUCGGUACAAGACUCCACGGCCGGCCUGGAAGGCACAAUUAAGCGCGGUGCAGGCGUGAUGGGCGUGAAGAAUGUCCGUCACCCUAUUCGUCUUGCGCGCGAGUCUCUGCUACGCACUGGAUAUCAUGUCGAUGGCAAGCGGAGCAAUGACGGCGGUUGUCUGCAUUCUCAACUGCAUGGUCCCCACGUGGAGGCAUUGGCUCACGAAUGGGGACUGGAGUCGAAGCCUGAUGAAUGGUUCUGGACAAAGCGUCGCUGGAACGAACAUCAGCGGGGUUUAAAGGGGGAGGCGGAACCUCUUUCAUUGAGUCAAGGGACUGUCGGUUGUGUCUGUCUCGAUCAAUGGGGUAAUCUGGCUGUUGCCACCAGUACUGGUGGAAUGACGAAUAAACUUCCCGGUCGAAUUGGGGACACCCCGACUCUUGGUGCAGGCUUUUGGGCUGAAUCGUGGGAUGAGGUUGUCUCAAGCGUCAAUCUGGCAACGCCGGCGCCUUCUUCUCCAUCGCUUGGAGAUUGCUUCCAGGAAGCAAAAGGCUGGUUGGCGGACUGUUUACCUCCGUUCCUUAGGGAAGCCCGUUCUCCUGACUACACGUCCCUUUUGAGUGGCUCGCAGAUAGAUCAGACAGGCUUUUCCUCGGAGAAGCAGGCCUUAUGUUAUGAGAAAGCGCAUUCUAAACAUUUCACGAAGCGCGCAAUGGCAAUAUCAGGCACCGGAAACGGUGACUCGUUUCUUCGUGUUGCAGCUGCUCAUACAGCAGCUGCAAUGCUACGUUUCUCGGCACCCGGUCUUACUCUCGCCGAUGCUGUCACUGCAGUAGCUGGUCCUGGCGGUGAGCUGCAACGCUCUGCUGGGCAGCGAUGGAACAUUACUGGCGAGGGCGAGGGUGGAAUUAUCGGCAUCGAAGCCGAUUCCGCACCUCCUGCCCGUGGGCAACUGCGCCGAGGAAAGGUCGUCGCCGAUUUCAAUUCUGGUGGGAUGUGGCGUGCAUGGGUUGAGGAGGACAGCACUGGAAGAGAUAUUGAGAGGAUUAUGGUUUUUCGAGAGGAGUACCGGUAG